AAUCUAAAUCCCCAAACUCUCCUUGGAAACACGUUGUAUCCAUCUUGCCUGCGACUUGUCAUCUGGAUUUUGAAUAAAAUCACAAGGCGAGCGGAGUUUGAGUACAUGUUGAGGAAUCAGAAAGAGAUGGGCUACCCUCAUUUGUUCUCUAGUGUUCGUUCUUAUUUUCUCGGAGCUACUGUUUUUGGGUUCUUGUUUGUGCAGUUUGUCCUCUUUUGUUCCCUGGAAUGGAAUUCGGAAGCUAUGGAUGGUCUGAAUUUCUACGAGAAAGUGGUUGGUUCAUUAUUUGAAGUGGUUAAUUCGAGGUACACCGGCGAAUCUGUGUUUGAUCUCUCCACACUUUCUUCAGCAGUGCUGGUGCUCUUUGUUGUUAUGAUGUAUCUCCCACCUUAUACAUCAUUUUUACCAAGAAGAUAUCAAGAAAAGGAUUCAGAAAAUUGCAAACCGAAAGAAAAUGAAAAGAAGGGUUUUGUGGAGAGUCUGAUAUUGUCACAACUUUCCUAUUUAGUCAUGGGAAUCAUCAUAAUCUGCAUCACUGAGAGAGACAAAAUUAAGAACGACCCCCUCAACUUCAAUGUGUUAAACAUCACAUUAGAAGUUAUGAGUGCAUAUGGGAAUGUUGGGUUCUCAACUGGGUACAGUUGUAAACGGCAACUGAAACCUGACAGCUCCUGCAAGGAUACUUGGUAUGGAUUUGUUGGAAGAUGGAGUACCGGAGGAAAAUUAAUGCUCACUAUAAUUAUGUUCUUUGGAAGGCUAAAGAAAUUCAACAUGAAAGGUGGUAAAUCCUGGAAGCUCUCCUAGCUACUAGCAAGUCUUUAAUUAUCUGGUAUAGAUGUAAUUUGCAACCGGGGAGCAACGUAGUGUAACCUUAAGUUAUUGAC